CUUAGCUCUAUAGUCCACAAAAAUGGGGAGCCCGUGGUCCAACGAUGAAGAAGGUUCUUCGUUUGCCUCCCGGCUGCACUGUGCAACCAACGUCGACAACAAUUGAGCGGCGGGUGGUUGUGGUCUCCAUGGUUGGUUGCCCAUCGUUUGUUGCUCAAAAUUCCACCGCGCGCUGGAAAGGUGAGAGGUCGAAUUUUCAUUGGCCAACGAAGACAAACGACGCCAAUCCAUUGAUCGGUCAACUAUUCAAAUAGUUCUAUUUGCAUUGGGUUGGAAUAAUAAGCACUACAUGUGGUGCUGCGAGCGCUGAUUUGAAGUCAAGACAAAAAAUAAAAUAAAAAUGGUCACCUAUCUAUGCAAGACUGACGUCUCUUCAUUGGCCAGAUAUAAAGAAGAGCUGGCGUCUUUUCAUUGCCAGGGAAGUGUUUUUAUUGGUCAGCUCAAGACCAACGUAUUUCCAUUAGUCAGCUAAGACCAACGUCUUGUCAUUGCCGGUGCGUACGGUGCACGCCUUUUUGUCAACCAAGAAAGGUGCACAAUCAAUCGUCGUUCACGG